AUGGCUAUCUCUGCACUUCCAGUCUGGCCGCUGGUCCUCUUUGGCAUCUUGGAACCUGCGUCGCUGACGUGGGCCUAUUUCAUCACCCUUUUCCAGCCUCAACAGUACUAUGCCGACCAAGCGCCCAACACUACCAUAACGGAUCUUCUCUUCACUCCAAAUGCCCUCUCCCUGACUCUCCAGUUGGGCAAUGUCUUUCUUCUCCUCGCGGCAGUGGCGGUCAUCUGCUGCUUCACCACCCACGCUGAGAUUGCAAGGAGGUACUUGAUUGCGGUGGCUCUGGCCGACUUGGGUCACAUAUAUUCUAUAUACUGCGCGCUUGGGGACAAGGUGUUCUGGGACCUGAACCAGUGGAACGUGAUGAUAUAUUCGAAUAUUGGAGUCAGUGCGUUCUUGCAUGUGAACAGGUUGAUGACUGUGACUGGGAUGUUCGGGCGGCUAGGGACUCGCGAGAAUGCUGCCAAAAAGAACGGAUAG